UUGACUAACGCGUCCAUUUUGUGCAUUUUGUGUGAACGUUGUGCGUUUAAAUAUAAAUAAUUUUUAAAAACAUUCCUGUGUAAAAAGAGAUAUGGGUGAUAUUGACGAGAAUACGCCGCCGAUAUAUGUCUUACUACCGACGUGUCUUGAAACCGACACUGAUGUAUUCCUGGAAAUUUUAAAAAGUGUGGUGCUUCACACACGAUUGCACGAUAAUUUUCACAUACAUUCUAUAAUAUCGGGAAUGGAUGGUGAAGUGUUUGAAGUUGAUGUGGAUGAUUUGACCACCGAUUGGAAAAACCUGACUUCACAUUCGAGGAAAGUUAGGCAAAGUAAACUGCUCGGUUAUUGGGCCGCACGAAACUAUCCUUUAAUUGGCAAGAAGCUGAUCGGAGCAGCUUGGCAACCCAGCAAUACUUGUAAUGUGCAAGUGAGUGAACCAAUGGAAAUCGCGAAAGACAGAAUUGACGAAAUUGUUGCGAAAAAGUUGCAAAUUCGGAUUAUUGAGUUGAAUGUAUGCAGAGGUACUUCAAAAAAGCUAAACUACUUUGUACGAGCCCCAAUAGGCCUAAACGGAGGCAACGUAGUCGCGCUAUCAUCAAAGAUGAAGGCAUUCGACAUUAAAAGCGAGUUCGUUGCUGAGUGUUGGAACGCAUUGAAAGUUGGGGUCUUCCCGUCAAAUAUUAUGCAACAAAUGGAUGCUGCUAUCCGUACAUCUCACAUGCCAGUCGAACGACACCGAAUUAUUCGGGAAAAUGGUGAUCAAUCAAGCGCUGAGGUCACAAAUUCUAGAUCAUCACUCCAUGUCUCAGGGAUGCCACCAUGCAAUGUAGUGUUGACCGAGAUCACCUCGAGUGCAUCAAGUAUUAACGUUGCCGGCAAACCGAAAGCAAUUCCAAGCGCAAAGCGUAAACGGUGUGUAACUCCGAAUGGUUCGAAAUCGGCUUUCAUACAUGACAAAACAAAUAUGGAUGUACUGCGAGGUGAAGUCUGUGAAAUGAGAAAAGAUAUUCAGAAUUUAACCAAAUGCGUUAGAUUGAAUGGUAUUGGCAAUGAAAACGAUUCAGAACGAUUUCAUUUAGUCGUUUUCAAACAGAAGGAUUCCGAAAUAUCCGAGCUGAAAAGUUCUAUUGUGAAAUUAGAGAAAGAAAAAGACCAAUAUGAGCAUGAACAACGGAAUUUAAAUGGUGAAAUUGCGGCUAAAUCUGAUCUUGUCAGCGCAUUGGAGAAAGCGUUAGAUUCCAGUUCAAAAUUGCAUGGGAAAAUGGAAGAGGAAUCGAAUACUCUUAUUCAAAAUUUGUCCGCUUCCAAUCAACGUAACUGUGAAUUGAGAGACACGAAUGAAAAGCUUCACGAAGAGCUGAAGUGUGCAAGGAUUCAUUCGGCCAACAUGGAGUCAAAUUUGAAGGAUUUGCUACUUAAAAUAUCCGCAGCUGAGAAAAUUAAUGCCGAAAUGGCCGAAACGAAUGAAAAACUCAAAGAAAAUUUGAACACCGCGAACGAUCAUUUUACCAAUAUGGAGCAACACUUGCAGUGCCAAAUUCAUGACUUGCUUCAGAAGUCAUCCGCUGCUGUUCAAACUAACAUCGAAUUGACCGACAAGAAUAGGAAUCUUCAAGAUGAGCUGGUUAAAGUAAAAAUUGAACUGAAGAAAAACGAAAAACUGAGCGAAAAUCUGGACGACUUACGAACCCGUUCAAACACUUUAAUUGGCGAGUUCAAAGAUCGAAUUGAAGAAUCUGAUAAAUUAAAUGUUGCGUUGGAUUCUCAAAAUAAGAAACUUCAAGAAGAGCUUCGUUCGUUCAGACAAGAUGCUGGCAAAGAUAAAACCAACCGCCCAGAAACGUACAUUCAAACCGAUCGAAAAGAUGCUCACGAUGGUUACGAUGAGGGUGUGUUGCGAAAACAAAACAUGGAUUGCAAUGAAGCAGAGGACAUGGAUUGCAAUGAAGCAGAGGAUGACAGUUUUGAGAAAAACCCGCCUGAAUCAGUUGAAAGCGGAAACAAUGCUUGCUCUUGGGACGAGGUGUUUGUAUCGGAUAAUCCAGUCGUUCAGACAUGUCGUCCAGUAUUGCAGAAACAACGGUUCGGCUGGAUGAAAUUUCAACAAUUUAAAAAUGCCAAAUUUUGCCCGGCAUUCGUGUAUCCAACCGAUGACGAUGGAUUAGAACGCGCACAAAAGAUAAAGGCAGACGGUUACAUAACAGACAAAAAAUCACCCUUCUGGGAAUUCCAUUUAGCAUGGGAGUUGCCUGAUGCCAAGAAGGACAGUGCAAACUCUAUUGCGCUGAAGAAGUUUAAUAAAACAUUUGGGGCCUAUUUUAAAUAGACAUCAUGUAAUGGUGUAAUUGUGCCAAAAUAAUAAUUAAACAAACUUCAUUUAAUUACUGACGUAAU